UAUCUAAUGCAUUUUUUUUUCAGGUAAAGUUGCUGAAUACACUAUUGAAGAAGAUGACAGGUACUAUAUUGGUGUCCUUAACACAAAUCCCAAAAGUAUAAUAAUGCCAAUGAGUGUAAAUGUUACAUCCAAAAUGUAUGAUCUAACGAAAGCAAAGAACGUCUGUUCAACAUUAAAGGGAUCAUGCCGGCUCCAACUCUUGUUUCCCAAUACUCAUUAUGUCAUACUAACAACACCCAACAAUGGGGAUCUAGAUGGAUGGUAUGUUGAACUAUCUUUUGUUGCUCGAGUGAUAACCUACAUAGCAAUUUUAGGAUUUAUCAUAAUGGUUAUUUUUCUGAUAUUGAAAUACCUUGGAGCUUGCGAUGUUGAGGAGGAUAACUUAGGAGAUACAGCUAUAAGGGAAAUAUCUGAGACUGACCCUAUAAUACCUGAGAAGCCAGUUCAAUACACGUAUGGAACAAAUGAAGAAGAUGAUGAUGGAGGAUCGUCUAGUAGCUCUUCGGAGGAUUUGUAUGAUGCAAAAUUAUGUGUUAUUUGUUACGAUGACCAACGAAACUGCUUCUUUGUUCCAUGUGGGCACUGUGCAACCUGCUAUGACUGUGCUCAGAGGAUUAUGGAGGAGGAUAGUAAGAUGUGUCCAAUAUGUCGCAGGCUUAUUCACAAAGUUAGAAGAUUGUUUACCCCGUAGAGCUAAAAUGAGCUAGGAAAAUUGUGUGAUUGUGUUUGAGAAGAAAUUUGAUGUGAGUAGAGUGUAAAGGAUUUUUUUUUCCCUGGAUAGAGUGAGUGCUUUUAUUUUUU